UGUUUUUUUGGCAUUCAAACCCCCUCAAUUCUUGCUUCGUCCUUAUUUUUCGUGUGACUUUCCAAAAAACCUCGUUCGUUCCCAUUUUACAGUCGACCGACAGGCCUUCCCCCAGUGCUUCCCCUUUCACUACCGAUCGCACAAGUAUUUCACCCCCGUCCAUUGCCCCCUCCGUCAGGAUGCAGGCGCGUGUGGUGGCUCGCAUCGUGCUCCUUGGAGCUGCAUUCGCAUCACUGUCCAGCAUGGCGAUCGCUGCCCCAAUCCCAAGCGUCUCGGCAGUCCUGACGUCCUCGCAGAAUACAUUUCCGUCGUCCACGGUCUCAGCCGAUAUCACGGUCAAAAACAUUGGCAAUGCGACUGGGUACUUGCCGUACCUGGAGAUCGUGACGACCCAAGGCCCAGGCGACGGCUCAUACCCGGCAUUGCCGGUGGCGUACGCCUACUACGAAACUGCCUCGGAAUCAAUUCCGCUGACCACUUACUAUAACACGUUCGAUAGCAUCACGCAGUGCACAACCAGUCCCAAGAAUAGGCUGAGCUCGGGCGACUACGCCUCCAUCUGCACGCCCGACCCCGCAUCGACUGUGUUUUCCAGCUACGAAUUGCUAACAAUCAUGCUGCCAUUCGUGUCCCUCGGCCCAAACUCGCAGGACGUGGUCGUGAAGGUGGGCUUCUCGGCGCUGGGAUCACCCGAGCUGCACACUGGCGUCACAUUGCCUGUCUACAUUCGCGCCAGUUUUGCGAACGGAGCCACUGCAGAUACCUCUGAUGUGAGCACUGAUCCGAGCAUUCUUUCGUCCUCGAGCACGGCUGCAGCAACCUGGCCAACCACCCUCUCGGUCACCUUUGCCAGGUACACUCUCCGCCUGCAAACCUCACGAGUGGAGGCGCCAUCCGGCCCGUCCUUUCCCAUCGACGUGACGUUGGAAAUCGAUGCUCCGCUGGGCCUCACCAUCUUUGGGGCGAACGUGUCCUUCCCAAUGAGUACUCUAACACAAUUCGUUUCGGCUGGCACCUCGUUCUUGCCAGCUGCCGCCACCCCAGUCAUUGUGCGACAGCCUUCCAGCACAACUUCCGCUUUGACAAACGCCUUUCUCGAAGCUCAGUAUACGUCGCAGUUGGUUACCUCAUCAUCGUCGGCAGAUUAUACCGCAAAGUAUCGGUUUUUCGUCCCACGGUUGGAUGCCUCGGGCAGUCCAGUCAUCAGCGCGACCACAGGCUUGCCCCGCAGCUUCAAGAUGAAUGCGACAGUUUCGUUGACGUACAAUGCCGUCACAAUCGUGGGUGGAACUCCAGUCCUUUCCAUGGAAACAUCCACACAGACAAUCUCUGUGACAUUCACCACCAAAUCGUUCUAUUCGACCGUGUCCAUUUCGCCAGGUACUAUGUUGCCCAUGGGUGCGUGCACUAUUGCCCAAUCCUUCCAGAUUUCAGACUACUUUUCGUUCGGCAGCCUGUUCUCCACCCUGACCAUCCCGGAUGGCGUCCGUGCCAACACUUCCACCACUGCCGCCCUAUCACUGGGUGGAAGUAGCACAAACACCCUUUCAUUUGGCGUGCACUACACGAUCGACACUAGCCGAGUUGGCAACGACGCCCUGCCAGCGACGGAUGGUGCCACAGUCUUGAGCCUCAAUCUGACGCGAGCGGUCAGUGCGCUUGGCCUUUCUGCUUCCAAGCUGGUUCCGGCGCCGACUUCCGCCCAGGGCAUUCUAGUCGGACCUGUGACUGACGGUCUUUUCAGCCUUCCAUGCCGAGUGCAAGACUUGUACACGGACCGGUUUACUCCGACACGUGCUGUGUCGAUGGGCGAUCCGCUCGUUGUGCAACUGUCGGCCUCUGUAGCUGUCAGAAAUGCAUCCGCUCCGUUGACGGCAUCCACUGGUACGGUUGUAGAGUCGCGCGGUACUGGCGCAUCGAUCGCAAGGGCCCAAGUAUUCACCAGCAUUUACGCCGUGAAUGGCUCGCGCAUCUGCGUGGCCACCAAUGGAUGCGAUGCCACCUCACUUCCUUUGGCUCCCGAACAGCUUGUGAGCGCUGGUGCCAAUGUGACGCUGUUGAUUUCCGUUUCCUUCCCGUCUGCCGACUUCUGGGCUUCCUCGGUCAUCCUUUAUCUAAGCAAUCCGGUUUUUCUCGGGACUACUGUCAACCCCGUCCCGGCGUCAUUUUCGCCAGUGAUAUCUGCAGCCACACCUCCAGUCAAUAUGUUCAAAUUCGCCGCGGACGAAACGCUGUAUCCCGUCACUGGAGCUGUUCCAAACAUCACGGACGUGAACUUGAACACAAUCAAAGUUAGCUUUGGCAGCUUUUCAGAUGUCCAAAAUCGCCCACUCAAGACAAGCAUUCUGCUGACCUUGACUGUGCGUCCGGUGCCAGUUUUCGACAUGCUGCAACUGACCCAACUUGUGCAAUACGAAGACGGCGCUAUCUCAGCUACUUCUCUGAUAGACACCGCCGCCAUUCAAGCAAAACAACCCGUGAUUUCAACCAUCUACUCUGCUGUGGUUGCUGCAUCGUCGGGGGCGGGGGCGAUUUACUCAAAUCCCACCGCGCUGGCUUCCAGUGGAAUUACGUUUGCCCAACCUGGCCAAUCCAACACGGCGGCCUUGCCUUGCAAUCGCUUCAGCUUUUCGGGAGGAAACACGUACGUCACUGACGCCAUGGUGACUGCGCUUGACCAGUUGAGCAUUCUUGGUGGUGUUGGCGGUGGCGAUGUCAUCACCGUGGUCAUGUUUGUGGUCAACUCGGGCAGCGGACGUGCCUACAACGUUUCGUUGCAGGGCAAUAUCGCGACAACGAGUGGUACCUUUACUUAUCUACCGAAUUCGCUGUGCAUCUCGGAUGGUCGUGGCUCGGCUCUCCAGUUUUUGACAGCGCCUUCGGCCGACGGGUCGACGCUCUUUGGCGGAACUACCUCCGUGUUGCUCGCCAACCUUCCCGGCUUGCCAGCAUAUGACAAUGGCCUCCUAGGUAGCAACAUUGCCGUCAUCUCGUACGACCUUGCCUUUUCGCCCACGGCCGCAUACGGUACUUCCAGCAGCGCGGGUUUGUCCGUUUGCCAGUACAAAUCCAUUGGUCUCUCUAGCGCCGUUGAUUAUCUUGACACCUGCGAGACCAGCAACACAACGGUGACUGUAGACGCGCCAAAGCUGAAGGGCUUUAACGCCUCCUCUCCGCUCAUCACCUCAGCCUCUGGCGCAUCUGGAUUUGUUGCCAACGCUGCGAGCCCCAUCGUGGCGGUUGGAGAUCAGGUCACGUUCAACCUGACUGCAAGUGUGCCGAGCGGCUCGAUUGGCAGCUUCGUGCUCACCAUCUCUGCUGGAAUGCCUUCAGUCAGCGCACCGGGCGUGUUUGCCAUCCUUUCGGCCAAAGUUGUUGCCAUUGGUGGUGCCAUUUCCGUCUCAAAGCUGUCGGUUGGCGCAGUUGGUGCCAUUCAAGAUGCCGACGCCAACACGUUCAACGAUACUGCCGUGUUUGACUUUGGCAAUCUGACUUCCUUGCCAUUCCAGCCGUCGGUGGAUCGCAAUAUUGUUGUGCAAGUGCAGGCCAGUGUUCCAGCUGCGGCCAAAGUUGCCAAUGUUGCGGGAAGCACGAUCGCGUCGAAGAGCACCGUGUACUUCGGCUCGUCUGCUCAGACCCUGACCGCCGUCAACUCGACACUGCUCACUCAUACUGUGGCGGAGCCGAAGUUGAAUGUGAACUCAUUCAUUAGCCCCCAGAUUGCGGAUGCGGGCGACGACCUCACAUUCACCGUUCUUGUCGCGCACACGAGCAUUUCUACCACCUCGGCCUUCUUCCUUCAACUCCCCAAUCUUGUGCCAACUGGAGCCGGUCUCGUGCUCUACCCCGCCUCUAUCAUCGUGACAACUCCGGCGUCAGUCUCGGUUCCUGCUACAGUUUCCAUUGCUGCCGACAACUCGACAUUCUCCGUCCGUCUGGCCCAGCUGCCACUGUACCAAUCUGCUGGUUCGUCGGUCAAGUCCACCCUGAACGUGACGUUCACUGCCAGGCUGUCGUACCUUGCCUCGCCAGAUUCGACGGUCAACUGGGUCCCAGCCGUCAACUAUAGCAGCUCGCCACUCAACUACAGCUCCCCGUCGAUCCUUGCUGGUCGCAGCUACAAUGAUUGGGACCUGUCGAUGGUCAAUGUCACGUCGCUCAAUUUUACUUUUGGUCCGCCGCGUAUUGUGGUUUCGACCGUCAACACGUCGUUGCCCACCUCGCUGCCAGGGUCUGCGCUCAAAGUCACGCUCGGCUCGCUCGUGUCCAUGCGCUACACGGUCAAUGUCACCGAAGGCAGCUUUGGUGUGUUGAAUGUCACGAUUGCGGCACCUACAGGCGUUCCUGCAACGAAUGGCAAAAUGGUGGUGCAGUAUGCCUCCAUCAUUUCUGUUGGAGCAAACGUGCAGUUGCUCUCCACCCCCAACGUCAUCAUGAGGGAUUCCAAUAGUGACGGGCUCAAUGACACGGCCGUUUUUUCGUUCGGCCAAGUCAUCAACAUUGACGACAAUGUGGAGAACGAGCUGGACUUUAUUGUCAUUGAAGUCGUGCUCAGUGUUCCGGCCUCGGUUGGCACGAACGUGGCUGGCGUUCUGCUUCCCGUGUCGGGCACUGUCGUGUAUGGCCUGCAGUCGAGAUUCGUGAGGAACGUGACCACCACCUGGUCGCUGGUUGAGAGCGUGCUACUUCCAGGCGUGACUCUCAGCGCGACCUCGGUCGACGCUGGUGAUACCAUUGUUCUGACGCACACCAUCGCACACCGCACGACGAGCCCCAUUUCCAACGUUGAUGCAUUUGACUGGAGUGUCACCUUCCCGCUGCCGAAUACCACAUGCUUGCGAUUUGUGUCUGGGUCUGCAACCCUGGCCAACGCCCCAGCCGGGACUUCUCUGGCGUCAGGAAACUUGUCGUCAGAUGCAAGUCUCAGCGUCUCGGGCUCCUUCUUUGCCAGAUUGCCUGCGACGACAAUCACCAUUACCGUCACGUUACUCGUGCUGGAUCCAGUCAUGUACCGUCAAACGUUCUCCGUUUCUCCGACCACGACCUGGACUUCCACGCCCAGCAUUGCUUCCAUCCAGGUUGGCGCCAACUGGGGCACAACCUUUAGCCUGGCGGCCCCGCGUCGAACCUACUCGCUUCCGCCCGCGACAGUCCGGACAAUCACCAUCAAGGCACCCGCGUUGACUUCGGUGACUCUUGUCGGCACAUCGCUGACAGAGACAGCCUCACCGUUGGUGGCUGUUGGCGAGGUGGCCACCUACCAGGUGGCGGUUUCCAUUCCAGAAGCAAACGGCUGGACCAACACGUUCCAACUCUACGUGUCCCUGCCUGCUCUGCGCGACCUCACACAGCCCCGCAUGUCCAUUGUCAACGCGUACGUUUCCAGCAUUGGCGCGAACAUUGUCACGACCCCUGCGCUGGUGGUUGGCUCGAAUGCCUCUGCGCUGUUCGAUUCCAACGCCGAUGGGCUCGCAGACCAAGCCAUCUUUACGCUCGGUACCACGCGAAACCCAACGAACGGCCAGACCGCAGAUGACGCGAUCGUCGUGACGGUGCGCGGCGUUGUGCUUGCCGUCGGCACGGGUAAUGUUCGUGGUGCGACACUCACGGUGAGCAGCACGCUCAACACUGGCAGUGGCAAUUCCACUUUGUCGGCCACUGCACUGACGAUCGCAGAGCCAACGCUCAGCAUCGCCCUUGUCACCACCUCCCCGGCAUCGAGCAAUGUGGUUGUUGACGCUGGCGAUGUGAUCGCUUUCAACCUGACCCUUGCACACACCGCGGCGUCAACUGGACCGGCGUACGGCAUUUCGUACGUUUUCAGUCCGGACUCUUUGCUGACCAGCUCCAUCCUGCCUCGCAGUCUGCAGCUCGAUCCCGCUAGCCUGGUCACCAGCAGCUACAGCCCAUCGGCCAUGAGCGUGGCAGUAACCCCGUCAGGAAGCGGGCUCUCCUCGCUCUUCACUCUCACAAUCGACGCGUUUGCUCGAUCGACCACUGCAACUCCGUCGUUCGCUUCUGUUAGUUUUGCUUGCACAGUCGUGUCUAACGUUGCGCCAGGCACCUAUUCACCCACGGCGGCCACGACAUACUCGUCCGCUCCGUUGGGCGUUGUGGAAGCGGUUGCUCGAAAUUAUUCCAGCUCCCUGGUGUCACGAACGGCCAACUUUACCGUUUCCGACCCCGUGCUGGCAAGCGUGACACUGGUCAACUCGACCCUGUUGGAAACGCUUGGGCAGCGAGUGGCUGCGGGUGAGCAGUUUACAACGCGCUUGGUGUUGACCUUCCCGGAGGGCUCUACAACGGUGAACUGGGUGCGACUUACCCUUCCCACCAGUGUUGUCGGUGCUCUCGUACCGCAGGCGGUCGCCAACCCGCUCGAGUCCGUAGGCGCAGGCAUCCUGUUGGUGUCCUCGCAGCCAUCGAGCUGCAGCCCGGUGGACACCAACAGCGACGGCACUGCUGACGCGGUUACAUGCUCGCUCGGCAAUGUGACUGUGGCGUCUGGAACUGCCUCUGUCGCUGCUCGUCAGAUCACCCUGGUUGUCACUGCCUUGGUCGGCAACAUUUCGGCGAAUGUGAAUGGGGCGUCCUACGCUGUUGGUGGUUCCAUGUCCUUCUCCAGGUACACUGUCACCUCAGGCGGCCUCUUUUCAAUCGCCAAUGCCACGUCUACCAUUGCGUCUGGCUUUACAGUCACAGUUGCGCAGCCGGCCUUGACCAUGUCCAAGUCGAUUGUGGCCAUCUCCACUGUGAGCCCCGUGGUCGCGCUAGCAAGCGUUGAUGCCGGUGAUCUUGUCACAUACCAAAUUCUGGUGAAUCGCACAGCGUCGUCGACAGCCGCUGCAUACGACGUGGUCAUUGCAGACUCCCUGCCUGCCGGCAUGACGCUUGUCGCCGGCACAGUCAUUGUCGCAUUGAUCAACGGACCCGCUGGUAGCGUGACGAAUGCAACCGUCGCCGUAGGGAACACGGCGGGCGAUGUGUCCGUCUCGAUUCUAGUCUCGACACUCAAUCUCAACGACACCUCGAUGGCACUGAGCGUGCGCUACCAAGCCAGUGUAAACACUGUGAUUGUGCCUCUGGCCGUUUCUCGGUCAAACGCGUCGCUUGCAUACUACUCUGCUCCCGCAUCGCUUGGUACUCCUCGGGCGCAGCUCACUGGUGGCGCUGUGGACGCUGGAGUGACCAUUGCUGAACCGAGCUUCCAAGUUGCCAGCUCAACCAAUCUGGCUGGUACUCCGAGCAACAACAUAACUGUGGGAGAGUCGGUCGUGCUGGACGUGGCCGUGCUGCUGAUUCAAGGCACCGUCUCUGGCGCUGUCAUCAACGUGACCUUCACCGGUACAAGCAGCUCGGUGCUCGCUGCCUCGACAAUUCUGAACAUUACCAGCGCCGUGGUGACCCAGGUGCCGGCGGGCAUCUCGGGAAAUGCGCAGCUGGUUGUUGCCAAGAGCAUUCUUCCGGUCGAUCUGAACGGCGAUGGCGUGUUUGAGUCGCUGACGGCCAACUUUGGCACCAUUACCAACGCCAAUCGAGACAAUGCCACGAUUGGCAGCAACGCGGCCACAACACCCAACCUCACCACGAGCACGAACGUCAUUAUGAUUCGUGUGAAUGCUGUGGUACUGCCAAGCGCUGCAAACAACCCGUUCGCGGCUCUGUCCGCCAACGUGACGUUCACCAGCGGAGUGGCAACGACGCAGCCCGACGGCUCGUUGCUGCGCAGGCAGAAUUGGCGCCUGUCGUCGCCGUGGCUCGUCGUCUUGCCUCGUCUGCAAGUGAGUCUCGCGACCAAUACUACGAUGGUUCAGGCUGCAGACCCGGUGCUCGUCACCGUUCUUGUGCGUCACAACACGACCGCUUUGCCAGCGUCUGCAGCUUCGAGCUCUGCUGCCUUCGACGUGGUGAUUAACGUGACCCUGUCCACUCGCCUGCUCAUCACCGCCGGAUCCAUCGUGUCUGCCUACGCUCCUGGCUCGACCGUGACGAGCAUUCCGCUGGCUACAACACCCGCAGCAAACUCGGCUCUUGUGAGCCUGCCAUUGCUGGCCUUGGUCGGCAACCCUGCGCUUCCCGCGGGUGACUCCUUCACCAUUACCCUGGUUGCUAGCGCAGCUCAAGAGACCACCCCAGGCGAACUUUUGAGCAAUCGAGUGGACGUCACCUUCAGGUCGACACCUGCGCUGACCGAUCCAACCACGUUCGGGUCCUCGGCUGUCGCAUUUGGUGUCACUCGCCCUCCCUCGGUUGACGCGACGCUUGUGCUUGCCACUCUCUCGGCCCAAGCUCCUGUCACAAGCAUUCCCAGCACGGUGGGUCGAAACGUGACGUACCUUGAGCAGGUCACGUUUGCUUUCGACAUUUACCUGCCGCGCAGUACUUGCCCCAACCUGGUUGUGACGGUGCAGCUGCCCCGACCGGGUCUGGUGCCUGCUCUCGCUGGUCUCUUGAACGCAACGGCUUCCAACGUCGACUUGCUUUUGGUCGGGUCCGACCUGUCGUUGUCGGGAACGGGCAUUUCCGCUGCCGGUGUGCCAGCAAGCUCGGCUAGCGACACGAACGCGGACGGACUCGUUGAUCGACUCGUCUUCAACUUUGGUCAAGUGACACGAAUUUUGACGUCGUCAUCUCCCGCAGUCACCAAGCUCAUCACGGUGUCGGUUGUUGCCUUGGUGCCAGCGUCGACGACCAGCAACCCUAACGGAGGCUCCAUUGUUCCCUUCGUUACCCUUGACACUGGGGCUGCGGCAGUGUCUCCAGCACCGGUGGUCAACCUCACCGCCACUGGCAGCUCGGUUCCGUUUGACCUUGUCGUGGCGCUGCCCGUGUUGACGAUCGCUGCAGUGGCAUCGGGCUCUGCAGCUGCCAUCGGAAGCAUCACACAAGUCAACUACACAAUCACCCACGUGAACGCUCUUUCGCGUACGGAUGCAUUCAAUAUUCGCCUGACGGACGCAUUCCCGACCCCGGCAAACCUCGCUCUUGUGUCGGGUUCGGUCGUGGUCCGCGUUCUUCCCAGCAACACCCUGCUCCCCGCCAGUGUCAUUGUCGGAAACGGAGCCUCCGACGACCAUGUCGAGGUCGUUGUCGAUUUGUUCGCUCUGGCAUUCGCCCCUGCCGCGCUGAUGGUCAGUUAUUCGGUGGUCGUGCCUGCCUCAGCCGUUCCCGCCAGCAACACGUCUGUCGUGGCGACUUUGCUCUACGGGAAUGCGCUUCCGCCGCAAACGACCACCAUUGCACUGCCGCUGGCUCACCCCUACCUCGUCUCUGCCACCCUCACUUCUUCAUCCGAUCCGCUCACCCCCAGCACUGCGGUGAGCUCCCGCGAUGGUGGAUUGUACUCUGCGCUGGGCAUGGGCGAGCAAGCCAAUGUGACCGUUGUCGUUCUAUUCCCGCCAGGCACAACGACCAUGAGCAGCAUCGUCGUGUCAUUGCUGCAGCCGUGGGUCUUGGACGGGAGCACAGACAAUGGCCAGGACGCCCUCCAGAUUGUCCGCGUGACUGCAACGUCCAUUGGUGCAUCUCUGUCCAAUGUUGCCGUCGUGUCGGGCGCACUGUCUGCGUCAGUGCUGCGCGAUACCAAUGGCGACAGCGUUUUGGACGCUGCCAACGUCACCUUGGGCUCGGUGACUGGUGCGAGCUCGGCCAGUCCCCUUGGUGCAGCCCAUCAGAUUACUCUUGUAGUGACUGUGCAAGUGAACAGCGCGUCGCCUUUUGCAAGUGGCAAUGCGCUGGUGGGGUUGAAUGUCACGUUGGUGGCAUCAGCUACGUCUCCCGCGUUGGUCACUCCCUGGACACAAACGUCCUCGCUCACUGCCCUCUUGCUCGAGUCGUCGCUGAACAUCACCCGGUCAGUCACGUUCCGUGACAAUCAAUCUGGCCAGGCUGGCGACAUUGCAGACGUGCAGAUUGAAAUUCAACACGCAUCAAACUCGACCUCGCCUGCCUUCCGACUUGUACUGUCCGAUUUGGCGGCUGUCGCUCCGUCCAUCCAGCGCAUUUUGCAGUUGAACAAGACUGCUCCGUGUGUGAUUUCGUCCGUGCAAGGAAAUGGCGAUCUAGUAUCGGACGCGGUUUCCUCGGCCGUCGUGAUUUCGCGUGGCUUUGCUCCGUCCGACUCGGACAUUUCCCUGACGUUGAGCAACUACCCGCUGGGCGCCUUGCCGCUGCGUAUCACCUUCACUGUCGUUCUCGAUGACACGGCUUUGGUGUCUUCGACAGUGCAAGCCGGGUGCCGCGUUCUGUGGUCCUCGGUCAGCGCCUCGUCCAGCUUGCCUGUCAACGUCGGUCGCAACUUUUCUGUUGGCCUGACAUCGGACCCAAUCUCGGUCGCCUCGCCUGGCUUGCUUGUUGCCAGCGAUCUCGCUGGGAGCGGCAUUAGCAUUGGCCAGUUGGUCAAGAUUGCCAUUGUCGUGACACUUCCGUUCGGCACAGUGCCCAACUUGACCGUGAGUGUCGUUGCGCCCGUCGUGUCCGGUCUCAGCGUGUUCUCUAUUGUCAACGCAACCGUCCUUGAUGCUGGCUUGGCACAGUCGGCCUUGCAGGCGGGCUCGUCGGCCACUCUCUCGUCCUUGGACGGCGCAACAAACGCGCUGGCGACCUUCCAGUUUGGCGAAACGCUGGUGCCUCGCGCAGCUCGCCCCGCUUCUGUCGCGAAUGCCAGCACCACCGUCACGCUGACUGUCUUUGCCACGGCCCAAAACUACCCCUCCGUGCGGAACAACAACAGCAUGACGGCCGUCAUCACCGCCACCUUUGGAUUCCCGACAGUGCUUGGCGAGCAAGGCCUUGCCUCGCUGAAUUCGACCGUCGAGUAUCACUUGGUUGAGCCUGCCCUCACAGCCACGCUCACAUCCCUGCCCGCCAACACUGUGCCGCAGCAGGGAAGUGCCUUUGUCGCGUUCUCGCUGCUGUUGCAACAUGCCUCGGACUCGAUCGCGUCGGCGUUUUCGGUUCGUAUUCUCCGCACCACCACCAAUUCGAAUGCAAGGCCUGUGCCGACAGUCGGUGUGUGGUCCAUUUCCGCGACUGUUGGAACCAGCACUGGUCUGUCCGCGCCGGGCUUGGCUGUGCAGAAUGCGACGGUGCCUUCCAUCACCAGCGACGCCUUUAUCUUCCCGCUUGGUAGUGGCAGCGUUUUGUUGCAGUACGUGGCCCAGCUCCCUGUGAAUGCGCUUCCGUCCUAUCGCGAAACUUUCAACAUUACGUAUUCGAGCGCCAACCCGGAUGCCCAUACAAAUGUCUCCAGUCGAGACGCUGUUGCAGUCGUGUCGCUUGACAUCCCCGUCACACCCGUGACCUUUACAGCAGACAUUGUGCCGACAAUGAUUGGCGCCCCUCUGGGAGCCGGACAUGGCGUGACCAUUGGAAUGGAGGUGCUCUACGUCGCAAAGCUGUACCUUCCCGCUCGGCAGCUGCGUGGCACUCGACUGACCUUCCGCACUCGUGCAUCGGCCUCUCCUGAGGUUGCCGCACUUGGCCUGACCCCCUGCUUGCAGAUUGUCCGUCUCGAGUCCAUUGCACAAGAAGGCGCUACGAAUGCCUCCAUUUCUGCCUUCGAUUGGACAAAUGUGUCGGCUGCGCGCCUUGCUACCGACAUUGACUUUGGUAGCAACCGCACCUCCGCCACCCUGAGCAUGGGCACGGUUUCCAAUAGUGAUCCGGCUCAUGACGCCGUCAUUAUUGUGACCUUCCGCGCUCUUGCCUUCUUGGAUGGAAUUGGCCAGAACUCGUCGGCAUCGGACGUGCUGGAGGCUGCUUUGGCCUCCCAGUUGGAUGGAGACUUUGUCAUUUCUACCCCGUCCUUCACUCUGUCCGACUCGGGCGACUUGGCCGCGUCGUCCUCGUUACUUCAUUCGACGGCGGCGUCAGGUCCCACAACACUGGCGUUCGUCGCACCUGAGCUGGCCAUCCAGAGUGAGGUUUACAGUGCGCAGUAUCCGUCCCUGGUGCCCGGCCAAGAGCUGGAUGCCGAGAUUGCGAUUGGCCACACGAGCAGCAACGCAACAGAGCCCCACACCAGCGCGUACAAUGUUGAGUACUCUUGGACCAUUUCGCAGGGCAUCUGGGUCUCUCCCGCCUCCGUCUUGGCGCGGCUCGACCCUGCACUGGUUGGCUCCAGCAUUACGGUUUUGGUGGACAACUCGAGGGUCAAUACUACUGGCACCGUAGUUUUCGUGUUUGUGGACGAGCUUCCUUUCAAUACCAACCUGACCAUCUCCUUGCAAGGCAUUGCGCUGCCUUCGCUGGUGCAAGGCACCUCGUUGGUUGCCACAUCGCAGCUCGCCUUCCAGUCCGUUGAUGGCUCGAGCGGGAUUGUGCGAGGCGGUGCCGACACGGAUUUCAACCCCAUCGGCUUGCCUGUCGCCUUUGGAGGCAGCGCUGUGCUGGUCGAUCCGACCCAUAUGACAAUCCUGCUGGCCGCAGACAACAUUCCUGUUUUCAACGUCCCUGUGCAAUCCUUUGACGAGGAUGCACCAGCGGUAUUCCUGGACUUGCUCGCUCAUGUCUUUGAUGCGGACGGGGUGCAGGAUAUCGAUCCGCUCUCGUUGCGCAUCGUGACCCAGCCCGAGAACGGAACUGCAGCCAUUACACCUGGCAACUUUUCUGCGCACUUCAUCCCCAAUCCAGACUACAAUGGCGAGAACUGGUUUGUGGUUGAGGUUUGUGACAAGAGCCGUGCAUGUGUGACAGCAAACGUGACUGUGAACAUCCACUCCGUCCUCGACCCGCCGCGAACACAGCCCGUCUUUGAAACGCGCAUCGGUUUGGGAACGCUCGACUUUUCAUUCGCUUCUAACGUUGAUGUGGUUGACAUGCCUCUCACGACGGUGCGCGUGCGCAUUCCCAGCGAGUAUGGCUCCGUUUCGCCCGUGACCUCGGCGCCUGGCGAACUCGGUAGCACCCUGCUUAUCGUCAAUGGAGCACGGGGUCAGCCUUCAUCCGGUAUUCGUGCGAUUGGCCUGGACGGGAUCCAGUACUCGUCUUUUACGUUUGUUCCAAUCCCCUACUGGUCUGGAAAUACGACCGUUGUGCUCCAGCUGUGCGAUCAAGUGCCAUAUUGUGUCGACUGGCCUAUUGCGGUGGACGUCCAGCCCGUUGCUCCGCCACUGCCACAGGAUGACGUGUUCAUCGUCCAUGAUUGGCCGACUAUCGCCAACACAAGGGAUACGGUGCCGGCUGAAAUGCAUGACUACCUUGAAGACGGCGCCGUGUUUGUGCCCUUCCGAGACAACGACUGGGGUCUUGACCUGGAUCUCACCCACUCGGCCGUCUUGCAGCCACCGCUGCAUGGCAACGCGACCAUCAUCACGCUGGCCAACGGUACCCAGUACCUUCGCUAUCGAUUCCGUGGCUCGCGCUCUGAUGCUGACGCGUUCAGGAACGAUUCAAUGAUUUACCAGCUGUGCAAUCUCUGGGGCCACUGCGCACCGGCCGCUGUUGUCAUUUUUGCCGAUCCCUCGUACGCUGCUAAACCAAUGUGUAUUGGAGGCCUGUCGUUGAUGGCAGUUGGCGCGCUGAUGGGCUUUGAAGGCUUUUCGACUGCCGGCUCCAAAGUCUGGUCGUUGAUGGAUUUCGCGCAAGUCAUUGGCGCUACUGGAUUCUUACGAGGCAACCUGCCUUCAGACUAUUUGGACUUUGUGAGCUGUUACUCGUGGACGAACGUUCUCGUUCCUCCGAUUUGGAAUUAUCAGCCUGCAGACUCUCAUCUUGACUCUGUCUCCGUUUUCCGCGUCAAUCCCAAUAAGGACGGCGGGCAUGUUGUCGUGUCAAACACCGAUGUGGAUGUGCGGGUCGGGAACGGCAACCGUCGUUCACUGCUCUCCGUGCCAGAGGUCGCCGCUGAAAUGACCACUGCUGUGAACCAGUUGUUUGCCGCUCAAGUCGUCUUUACGUUGGUGCUCCUGGCCUUGCUGCUCGUCAUUACCCUGGCCGUCGGGUUGUGUUUGUUCAUUCGCCGCCAUCUUCGUUUCCGUCGAUUGCAACGCAGCACACAUGGCGCUGCAGCCGACGAGCACACACUCACUCAAGCCGAGUUCCGCAAAGCCCGCUCUCUCAAGCUGCUGCUCUGGGCGCUUUUCGGUGUGUCGUGGCGUUUGCUCGCCUUCACGUACUUUGGCUUUGCUGUGACCACCGCCAUGAUGUUCGCGCUCCGCACCGACCGCGCCGACUCUGUCACUGUUUACUCGCCUGAAGAUGGCAUCAUGUUUGUGGCCGCAGUGGUGCUAAUCUUGGUUCUUGUUGGCCUCCCCUUGUGUCACUGGUUGUGGCUGCAGCUUGUGGAACCGCGCGGCACGCAGCAUCCGCUCGGCAAAGGUGGUCAGGCUCGACUGUUUGAUCCCACUUUCAGGACCAAUACUUUUGAAGGGGAACCCGGCAACAAGCGAUACAGCGGUGCCAACUUCCAGCACGACGUCCAAUAUGACAUUCGCACUUCGUGGGUCUUUGGUCUGGCUUAUACGGGCAUGAAACUCGAACGCAACAAGCUGUAUCUUCUUGUCUUCUUGCGCAAGCUCUUGGCCGGUGUGACGCUUGGCGCACUCUCCGUGUCAACGGCUGGAUCCGCAAACCGUCAGCUUGCGGCACUUUUGAUCGUGUACAUUGCGUACUUUGUCGCGAUUGCCGUGGUCAAGCCGUUCAAGUCAAAGCUUCUUCUCGUUUCCGAGAUGUGGUCGGUGGUUGGCGUCAUCGCACACGUUGUUUUUCUUUUCAUCAUUGUCAACUCGUCUUCCUCUGAGAGUGCCAAUGACGUUGCCACCGCGCUGAUCUUUAUCGAUUAUGUUAUCUUGUUUGGGUUCCUGGUGAUUUGGAUUCCGCGCUUCUUUGAAGUUCUGCGCGAGGCUUGGCUGUCCAUUGGCACAUGGCGUGCUGCGCGUCACUCCCUUCAGCUGCACGAUUUGCAAUUUGCUCGCUCUCUCGCGAACGACAAGGCCUUCCACGAGCAGGUUGAAGAACUUGGAGUGUCCCAAGACGAGGCAAUGGAAUUGCGUGAAAUUCAGCGCUUCAUGCACCUUGCAGAACGCGACCAUACUUACGUGUAAAUGCUUUGGGGGUUUUCUCUAUUUCCCAUGUAGAGGCUCUGAUGAUUGUUGUUCUUGUUGUUGCUGCUGUUGUUCUUGUUGUUGUUUUUGUUGUUGUUGUUGUUUUUGUUGUUGUUGU